CUGUUACCAAAGUGCAGUUGUCGCUUUUGUUACUGCAGUAGUGUUAACUUCAACCAUACUUAAAUUACGCGAUGUCAUCCAUCAAAAAGAUUGCAGUGGUAACUGGAUCAAAUAAAGGUAUUGGCUUUGCCAUUGUCAGAGCCUUGUGUACGCAGUUUGAUGGAGAUGUCAUUUUGACAGCUCGUGAUGAAGGUCGAGGUCAGCAGGCAGUGACUGACCUGAAGAAAGAGGGGCUAUCUCCAAAGUUCCACCAGCUGGACAUCACUGACCACGACAGUAUAGUCAAGCUGAAAUCCUUUCUGCAAUCAACGUAUGGUGGACUGGAUAUUCUGGUCAAUAAUGCUGGAAUUUCUUACACGGUGGCAUCCACAACUCCUUUUAGUGAACAAGCGGAGGUAUCUGUGAAAACGAAUUUCUUGGGAACAUUAGAUGUUUGUGACACAUUAUUUCCUCUUCUUCGUCCACAUGCAAGAGUGGUGAAUGUAUCCAGUAUGUUUUCACAGAAGAUCAUCAAGGAAUGUUCCCCAGAAAACCAAGCCAAGCUCAAAGAUGCUUCUAUUACCAUGGAUACGUUGAAGACAAUUCUGCAAGAUUUUGUGGAUGCUACGAAGUCUAACACACACGAAGCGAAGGGAUGGCCCAGGUCUGCAUUAGGCAUGUCAAAGAUCGGGGUCACCGUAAUGACCUUCAUUCAACAGCGAAUGUUGCAGGGUGACCCAAGGGAAGACAUUGUCAUCAAUGCUUGCUGUCCAGGCUAUGUGACAACAGAUAUGUACAAAUUCAAAGGCCAUAAAACGAUUGAUGAAGGUGCAGAUACACCAGUCUACCUGGCCAUGUUGCCUCCAAACUGUACAAGUCCAAAUGGAAAUUUCGUUUCCGACAGAAAAAUACAGCAAUGGGGAUGAGGUGGAUUAUCACACUCUCUAUACAACUCUACCUUAUAUAGACUCUUUAGACAAACUUACGCAAUUUUAUAGAAAUUUUCUAUUUGUAUUUUCUAAUCAUUAAAAAGUAAUGUUGAUUCAUAGUGGUUGGAAAAUAAUCACAACUGGAGGGGCUAGCUAUGUAUUAAAUAUGAUUUUCCACAGAAGCAUUGCAUUAUCUUUACCCUAUGGGCGGAAUUUAACUCAGUCGGUUGAGUGCUCACUUGAGGUGCUUGCGUCGCAGGGUCAAACCACCACAGUGGAUCCAUUCGGCUGAUUGGUUUUUCUUGUUCCAACCAGUGCACCACAACUGGACAAAGGCUGUCGUGUGUGUUUUCCUGUCUGUGGGCAAAUGUAUAUAAAAGAUCCCUUGCUGCAUUAGAAAAAAUGUAGCGGGUUUCCUCUGAUGAUUCCGAGUCGGAAUUACCAAAUGUUUGACAUCCAAUAGCCGAUGAUUAAUUAAUCAAUGUGUUCCAGUGGUGUCGUUAAACAAAACUAACUCUUUAUCUUUACCCUCUCCUCACGUCCAUGGAGUCCAUGAAUUUAUAAGAACAGGAUAGCUUUUUAUUAAAUAUCACUUUUGUUGCAGCAUCUCUGUCCAAACUGCAGUGUUGAUGUCCGUUAAUCUAUCUAAUAAAUAAUGUUUUAUUUUCUGUUAACAAGCUACAAAAUCUAUAUUUAAGUUUAAUAUAUAAUAUAUUUAUUUUCAUGCUUAAAAUUUACAUGGAUCCAAUGGGGGGGGGGGGGGGUUCUGUCCAAUUAGAAUACAGUUCACAGAUAUAUUUCAAUUUUGGGUACUGCUAUUUGUGUAUUUUAUGUAUUUGAAUUGCAGAACAGAACUUUCCUUCGAAGAAUGAUUUCUUUUUCUUUCUUUUUUUCUUCUUAUUUUUUUUGUUGUUUUUUUUUUUUUUGGGGGGGGGGGGGGGGGGUUGCAUUAAAAGGUGAUUGUAUUUGUAUAGGAUUUGAUAGUGAGUACAUUUUUCUUCAUACAUGUAAAGAAUAUUUGAGAAUAAAAUUAUUAUGCUAUUAUUGAUUGUUGUUGUAAUGGUAUUCCAAAUGUCUAUCUUAUUAUUACUUGGGGUUUUUUGUUGUUGUUUUUUGGCUGUGGACUGAUAAGACAACAACUGAGCUAUGGUUCUGUGUUCCACAUUGUUAGGCUUAAAAUAUCGGAAGUCUAAUAAUAAGGGUUGUUCCAGAAUUUAUUACAG